AUGCCGAAGAUCAAGCUCCCGCGGAAGAUCCGCGACCUCGUGAAGAAGGCGAACGCCGGGUCUGGAGAUGCGGCGUGGGAUCUUUACGUGCACUACCUCAACGGGACCGGCGGCGUGGAGGAAAACCACGAGCUCGCACGUCACUGGGUCGAGAGGCGCGCGGAGCUGGGGUGCGCUGGCGCGCAGUGCGUCUUCGGCUACGUGUGUGAGGAGGCAGGUGAUUACGAACGCGCGCGGGAAUGGUACGAGAGAGCCGCGGCGCAGGGCGCCACCCUCGCUGAGUACAACCUCGGGCUGCUCUACGACCUAGGCCUCGGCGUCGAGCGAGACUUAUCGAAGGCGGCGGAGUUUUAUCACAGGGCCGCGUUGAAGGGGGAUGUUCAUGCUCAACACAACUACGGGUACCUUCUCGACAGGGAGCGGAACGAUUAUGAAGGUGCCAUGAAGUGGUACGAAAAAGCCGCGGCUCAAGGAGACGCGCAAGCAGAGCAUCACAUCGGGACGUUGUACUUCGCUGGCCAAGGCGUGGAGCGAGACGAAGCGAAGGCGCGGGAGUGGUGGGAGAGAGCUGCGGCGCACGGGCACGAAGUUGCGAAGGAGGCAUUGGAGGACAUACCGAUGUCGUAUACGCACUGGGAGAAGGAUUGGGCGGAUGCCGUGGCAAGGGAUGAGACGGACGCGGAAGCCAUGAACACUCUCAAUGAAAUUCGAGAGGAAAAAAGAGAUUGUCUCCUUUCCAUCUCAGAACUUGGCGGGUUAAAACUGAGCGAUGACGCCGUGGAGCUCUUCGUUACCGAAAUUCCAGCCGAUCACGAAGCUUAUGGUCUCUACCAGCACAUCGGACUCUGCUUCCUCCACGGGAGGUGUGGACUCGAGAAGAAUCUUCGGAUGGCGAAGGAGGUGUUCAAAGUCGCAGAAAUUCGCGACGGGGUCACCGCCGCCGUCGCCAAGGAGCUCGUCAAGCUUCGCUCUUGCGUCACCUGCGGCAAGACCGACGCUCGUUGGGGAUGCAAGCUGUGCCGCGGCGUGCGGGACUGCGACAAGCGGUGCCAGCAGCGCGACUGGAACCGCGGGGAUCCGCCGCACAAAGAGACGUGCUCGCGCGUCGUGCACAUGUUUCCUCCUGGAUCUUUCGCGGAGCUCCGCGAAAAAGUCGCGAAGGAGAAAGAAGAGUCUGCCUGA